CAAUUUUGGAGCAGGUACUGCCUGCUAAACCAUCAGAAUUGUCGCCCCACGGCACAGACUCAAGUCGCUUUGCCCACAAGACUGCUCUCCAUAUCUGAAGAUGCGGUCCGAUUGAUCCACACUUCCGACUGGGCAGAGCCUCUUCCCUACGCAACGUUGAGUCAUUGCUGGGGCGAUACAAAGUUCCUCUGUCUGAACUCGGCAAAUCUCCAUACUCUGGCGUCAGGCAUUCACUGGGAUGACCUGGCGAAUACAUUUAAAGACGCAAUCGAAAUCGCCCGCAGAGCUCGGCUGAACCAUAUUUGGAUCGACUCUUUAUGCAUUGUACAAGACAGUCGAUCGGACUGGCAACUUGAGUCUGCUAAAAUGGGUAUGAUAUAUCGCGGAUCGAGCUUGAACAUUGCGGCUGCGUCGGCUACAGAUGGUACACAGGGCUGUCUUCCCCGAAAGCCAUCAUCUCGAAGCAUCAGUACUUUUCGCACGGCUCAUGCAGGUGAUGAUACGUUACUGCGCAAUACAUGGGCAUCUGAGUCGUAUGAUUUGCACCAAAAUCACCUGGAGACUCGAGCUUGGUGUAUGCAAGAACUGAUCUUAGCACCUCGUACGCUUUAUUGUACCAACAAAGGUCUGUUCUGGGAAUGCAAGAGUAGACUCGCCACGGAAGACCUACAAACUCUAGACCAUCUGUUGCCAGCCUUGCCCGACGUAAGGGCAAUCACUACGGUUGAAUCUUGGAUGCGACGUAUCGUGGUGCCGUACUCUAAAUGCAGCCUGACAUUCAGCACAGAUAAACUGCCAGCUCUGGACGGUCUGGCAAGGAUCAUCCAGCCAAACAUUGGGAGUGACUAUCUUGCAGGAUUGUGGAGAUCUCAUAUGGUCCUCCAGCUAUGUUGGUUCGCGAAAACAAGCGAAACUAGACCGCUGUACCGCGGAGCGCCCUCGUGGUCAUGGGCAUCUGUCGAUGGUCCCGUCGACCUGUAUCCCCGUUUGGACCAGCAAGACAUCAAACCUGCCGAAUCUUCGUUCGUGACCCUUGUUCAUGAUGUCGUCACAGAAAUGGCCCAUAGCAAUGCAUUCGGUGAGCUCAAGAUGGGUCGGAUGCGCAUCAAUUGUUCCAAGCUCGUC